UCAUUAAGGAUGGCAGGAAACCAGUCUCUGUGGGACUCCACACCUCCUGCUCCCGCGCAGGACAUCUCCGUCCUCUCCUUCCUCAACGCCUCCGCCCCGCCCACCGCUCCGCCCUGGAAGGCCCCGACCUUCACCGUGGCGGCCCGCUGCCGCGUGGCGGCCACGCUGGUGCUGUUUGUCUUUGCCGCCGUCAGUAAUCUGUCGGUCCUCAUCAGCGUGUGCUGGGGGCGGGGCUACCGCCUGGCCGCGCACCUGCGCCCGCUCAUCGCCAGCUUGGCCUCGGCGGAUCUGGUGAUGACGUUCGUGGUGAUGCCCCUGGACGCCAUUUGGAACAUCACGGUGCAGUGGUACGGCGGGGACGUCAUGUGCAAGCUGCUGUGCUUCCUCAAGCUCUUUGCCAUGCACUCGGCCGCGUUCAUUCUGGUGGUGGUGAGUCUGGACCGGUACCGGGCCAUCCUCCACCCACUGGACUCUCUGGACGCCGGACUCAGGAACAGACGCAUGCUGCUCGUGGCCUGGGCGCUGAGCGUGUUGCUGGCUUCCCCACAGCUGUUCAUCUUUCGGGCCAUUAAGGCCGACGGCGUGGACUUCACUCAGUGUGUGACCCACGGCAGUUUCCGGGACCGCUGGCAGGAGACGGCAUACAACAUGUUUCACUUUGUGACGCUGUAUGUCUUCCCGCUGCUUGUCAUGACUUUCUGCUACACCCGCAUCUUCACCAAGAUCAAUGGGCAGAUGCACAAGAGAAAAGAUGGCGAGCACUGCCUCAGACGCAGUGGAACAGACAUGAUCCCCAAAGCUCGGAUGAAGACCCUGAAGAUGACCAUCGUGAUCGUCAGCUCCUUCGUCAUCUGCUGGACGCCCUACUACCUGAUGGGGAUCUGGUACUGGUUCCAGCCGGCGAUGAUCCAGCACACGCCCGAGUAUGUCCACCACAUACUGUUUGUCUUUGGCAACCUGAACACGUGCUGCGACCCCGUCAUCUACGGCUUCUACACGUCGUCGUUCCGCGCCGACCUCGCCGACGUGGUGGCGUGCUGCCGCGGUCGCCGCGGCAACAACGCCUCGCCUCGCUCCGAGGAUGGCCUUUCCGCUCGCAGAGCCGGAGCCCCUGGGGAGAUGGAGUCUGAUUUGAGUUCAAAUCAGCACAGCGGGAAUCCGAGUUAAACAGCGGAGGCCGAGGGAUUGAAGCCGCGCGACGACAGUGUUCUCUGCUGUCAGAGUCGUACCACACACAAGCACACAGGCUCUUCUUUUUCUAGGUGUUUUCAAUUAGGAUAGACCAUCUUUCCUCGACUUAGCUGCAAUAUGCGAACAUCAUUGUGCCGAGGCCUGGGAGACACCACCCUGACGGCCAGCAGGCGGGCAAUUAAUGACCAUCCGUGGUGGUCCCUGUUGGGGCAGGAUUAUUGACCUUUGUCAGCAUCUUAAAAGGAGAUCUGCUAAUGGCUUUUUGGCUGAUUUAGCAUAUUGCAUAAGCUCAUAGUCUCAGUGGGAGAGAAGACUGUGAUUGGCUGUUGAAAUCCAGGCCAGUUUAGAAGACGCAAAAGGAAGCAAAUGACUUACAGUGAAAAAACCAGGCUCUACUUCCAUGUCCUUCAUCAUUCAAUUUUGACACAUCAACGCUGAUGAGCUGGGAAAGUAAUGCCGUUAUGUUGCCGCUCUUUGACCGCUGUGGUGGUGUAUCCAAAUGGCUCCUCAUGAUGUGCUGCAAGACCUACGAGUGCCAAUACUUUUGUCGUAAUACUUUAAUUUAACCACACUGAUUCGGUUUGAACUAUGCAGCAUACAGUGACGCCGUCUUUGAGUCGGUGUGGUGGGCUGUGACACAGGUGGAGGGGCAAUACUUCCCAAACCCUGCAAUCUAAUCUGAGGUAGAUAUAAAACACUGUGUUCGAUUGUGCUACACACUGGACCUUUAAAUUCAAAAACCACAUAGAGAUGUUACUGUCGUGAAAAUAUGGUUUAGGUCAUUUCUAUUGUCUUGUCUGAAGACUUUGAAUGUAUUUUAUGCAAACGAUCGGCUUAACGAGAGAUUAACUUUGUAUUUUUUGUUCAUCUUCUGGUCAAAUUUGUGUGUAUUACCUCAAAUACAUUUUAUAGAAGGGACCUUGUGGGAGUUAAGGGAUAAUUAAGAGACAAUGAAUCAAACAAACGUUCGACAAGCACAGUGACAUCUUAAAUCCUUCGCGUAAGCGCUGACUCAAUGAAAAGGGAGUGAAGACAACAAAACUUGAGACAAUAAUUCACCAGGAAAUCAAAAGCUGGACGCAGAUAAAAAGGAAGUGACAGUGGUUGAACAGUGAAACUAAUCAGCAGGUCAUCUGAGUGGCAGGAAAACGAACAGGAAGUGAAGGGAACGAGAGAAACAAAGUAAAACAGGAGAUAAUGAAUAAUGUGACCGGUGUCAUUUCUUUACCCCUCAGUGUUUUAAACUCAAGUUAAAAAGGGGAUUCCUGGUAUUUUUCAACCUCCGUGACUUGCAGAGGCUGUGAUGCAUUCAGUGACGCUCGUAAAAAUCCGCUCGCUCACUCUCCUCUCACAGCAUUCAGUGGGGACAUGUGUCCCCAUGAGUAUUUGGAGAACGCCAGAUUGUCUUUACCAAUAUUAGAGACAGGACAAUUGGUGCGGUGAGAGGAGAGCGGACUCUCUGACGCAUCCACAAGCCAUUUAUUGGACAAAACAAGCACUUUUUAUGGAUAUAACAGAGAUUACAUUGCAGCCAUUGCUGCCUGAGGCGAUCUACUGGACCAAUUGUGAAACUUUUUGUAAGUACUAGCAGGGCCCAGGUCGACAAAUACCACAAUUCCCACCAAUUUUACAUUUUGGGAGCAGCACAUGAGUAUAUGCAGUAUAUGGAGCUGAUGUGGAGAAUGUGAGACACAUCUUACACUCUGGCCUUUAUUAUUAUUAUUAUUAUAAUACGUAUUCAAGCAUAAGCAGACACAAUAGCUGCUGGAUUUACUUGAGGUGUACCCACUGAAAAUCUAAGGUACUUAGAUAUGUAUAUAAUAUAUAUAUAUGAAACACAGACACGGAAUUGAUGUCAAAACUUCUUAUCUCUUUCAGUCCUAGAAGAGAAUGUUGCUACUUAAGCUUUAAAAGUGUCGGGUGUUAUCACUACCUCCAGAAAAAAGAAAAGCUUUUUUCAGACUUGAGCUCCGUGUAAUGUCUGGAGGAUGCUCAGUGUGAUGCUCGCAUACGAAGGAUGCAGCAGGAAGCAGUGUUGGGGAACCAUUACCAAUAAUGAAAACCCCUUAUGACGUUUCUUGUAAAUGAUGUUGUUGCAAAAGGAACAGGAAGAAAUGGUUACGGGACACACGUCACGUACUCCCAACACUGUCCACGUAACGGCUCGUGGCUCUGACUGGUUCCUCCAGUGUCUCUCUCUUCCUGCUGCGUUCUCGUGUGUGACCUCACUGGCAACAUUAUCCAGAGAUUAUUCUGAGGAGCCAGCAGGAGAAAUCUGAAGAAUCUCCGGAGGGACUCGUGCAGACAUUUGCGUUCACACUCAGAGGCCUCUCGGGGCACACUCUCUCUCUUUCUCCGUGCAUGUCUGAAAGCAGCUUAAGACUACUUAACAAGGUAAUUACUGUAAUGCUGCAUGGCUGAUUGUUUCACUGAUUGAUGUUUUUCUUUUUUAAAUUGUAUAGAGAGCAAUAGAAUGUAAAAGAGUCAUUACUGAUGAAAUAUUCAUUCAUUCUUGAGAUUUAUAUGCACAAAGUUGCCAGUAUUGAACAUGUUGUUGGUUGUCAUAGGCAGAAGCUACACAUUGUUACUGAAGCAUAUACAUCAUUACAUAUAUGUGCACUCUAUAUGAAACAUAAACACAUUCAAGAGGCACUUUAUUAGAAGACACAGAGUUAAUACAGACGCUGGGGUUUCAAAAAAGCCCAGCGUCUGUUCUGACUGCAUCAUCUCCUGGAUUCACAUGUGGGGACUGUUGUGUUUGGUAAAUAAUUAAUUGAUCAUCUACUGCUUUAUCCUCCACAUGAGGGUCGCAGGGUUUGGGUGGCUGGUGCAAAUUCCAGCUGACGAAGGGCGAAAGAGCAGGUUACUGUUCACUCUCACGCAUAACGGUCAAUUUAGAGUGGACGUGGAGAAAACCCACAAACAAAGUUAAUCUUGCAACCUCCCACAAAUCCACCAGCAACACAUCGGACACACUAUUUUUAAAGGUUUACUAGCACAAGCUCGAGAUGUCUACAAGCAAUCUGAUUGUGAGCGGUUCAAGGAACAUCCACAGGAGGUAACGAUGAUCCGGCCUCUUAUAAUGGAACCUUCUGUGCAGGACCAAUAACUUUCCACCACACAGGGUGUUCAAUCACACACUCACAACCCAAAAGAAAUGUUUGAUACGAUAGGAAUCCACUCAUUUUCUAUGGCUUUAUCCUCCAGAUGAGGAGUGUCCAACUUCAUGGUUUUUGGACGGGAGAAAACCCACAAACAAAGUUUACAAGGAGACUCCCUCUCUUAACCUCCCAUGAACCCACCAGCAACACAUUAAACACACAAUUUUUAAAAGGCUUACUAACACAAGAUGUCUGCAAACAAUCUGAUAGUGAGUGACUCAAGGCAAGUCCACUGCAGCUAGUCGGCGAUCCGGCCUCUUAUACUGGAACCUUCUGUGCAGGACCAAUCAGCUCCCAGGAUCCACCACACACCUGUUGUUCAAUCAAGCGUUCACACCUGCAACCCAUCACACACUCACACAAGGAAAGGGGGCGUGACAUUUGUCCCCUAGAGGAAAUGUUUGAUACAACAGGAAUGCUAAAGUUACGUAUUCCCUCAUGUUAUGUCAUAUGUAGGAUCUGAAGUGGAUGUAGCAAAGUCUCCAUUAAAAGAUAGAAAACUAUGACCAGAAAGAGAAAGUUACUGGUCGGUAUCUGGGUUACUGUAGACUUUCCAUCAGCUCCAACCAAUCUGAUCGUUGUGUUUUCCUAAUAAAGUGCUCAUUUAAUGUGACUAUAACAACGUUAUUACUCUCUUGUAAGCAGGUGUGAUGUUAUAUAUAUAUAUAUAUAUAUUAGAUAUAUAUACAUAUAUUCAACACAGUCUCAUAAGUCUUUGCUCAAUAAAAGAUGUC